CCAUUAUGCACCCGUAGAGAAGAAAUUUCGUAUGCAAACUAUUCGAAACUCACCGACUUCAUCCUGUAGAAAGGGCCUGCACUCUUGAUCCAUAAGCUUAAAACUUUGCCUACUUUUGUUUCGUACUCUCCAACUUCCGUUAAGAAAAUCAAUGUCUCUUGGAGAUCAUCCAUGGCUCUAUCUAUUCUUGCUCCUCCACCUCCUCCCUUCUAUCACCGGCUUUCUACAGUACAUUCCUACAGACCUUAUUCUGCUUGAUUGUGGUGCAUCAUCUAGCAUGACAUCACAGGAUGGACGCAAUUGGUAUGGUGAUGCCCACUCCAAAUUUUAUGCCACUAAUCCUGAAACAUCUUUUGUGUUUACAGCCUCUGAACAAAAACCAUCUGUAACCCAAGUCCCGUGCAUGACGGCCCGUAUUUUUCAAUCGAAAUUCACGUACGCCUUUCCCGUCUCCCCUGGCCCAAAGUUUGUUCGUCUCUACUUCUAUCCAGCUACUUACUCCAAUUUUGACAUCUCCAAAUCCUUUUUUUCUCUUAACGCCAAUAAUUACACUCUCCUAAAGAACUUUAGUGCCUCUCUUACGAUUUCUGCUAUGAAACCUUCUAAGGCCUGCUUCAUCAAAGAGUAUAUCGUCACAGCGUGGGAAAACCAGCUUAACCUAACAUUCUCUCCAUCUCCAAGUUCUUUUGCCUUCAUAAAUGGCAUUGAGAUAGUUUCCAUGCCGAACAAUCUCUAUGGCAGAGGCAACGAUAACCCACUUACCUAUGUGGGUAGCGAUGGUAAUCCUUUUUAUUUGGACAGCACCACCGCUCUUGAGACAUUUUAUCGACUGAAUGUUGGUGGAGAAGAUAUCAGCGGCGUAAAUGAUACCGGAAUGCACAGGACUUGGCUUGAUGAUACAGUUUAUGUCUUUGGGGGCCAACUUGGGUCCAUACCCAGUUACACUCCUGAUAUCAAAAUAAAGUACACGCGGAAGACACCCGCAUAUACUGCACCUGAAUUGGUAUAUGGUACUAUGCGUUUAAUGGGUUCUAAUCAAAGCGUCAACCUGAAUUACAAUCUCACGUGGUACUUCUCCGUUGAUGCUGGUUUCACCUAUCUUGUUAGGCUCCACUUUUGUCAGUUUAUACCGGAGGUCACAUUGCCCAAUCAAGUGGUGUUCACCAUAUUCAUCAACAAUCAAACUGCUGAGGCUAUUGCAGAUGUAAUAUUGUGGGCUGGCGGCAACAGUGUUCCGUUUUACAAAGACUAUGUCGUGUGGAUCCCAAAUGGCAGCCAAAGCAAGCAGGACCUGUGGGUCGCUCUGCACCCAUAUAUGGAACAAAAACCCGAACAUGCUAAUGCAUUCUUGAACGGUUUAGAGAUAUUCAAGUUGAACAAUUCGGGCGGUAGUUUGGCUGGAUCCAACCCUGAACCAGUGUCUGCAUCACCAGAACAGCAUCCAGUGCCGAAGAUAAUGAAACACAAAGGAUCAUUACAAGUUGUAGUCGUUAUUGGAGUCGUCUUUGGCGGAACAUUUGCACUUUCUUCAAUUCUCUGGGUCUUUUUCCACCAACGAAAAAGGGAGUUGAGGGAACCUGGUACUAGGGAGCACAAGUCUUCCUGGCGUCCAUUCUCUUACGCUUCUAGCUCUGCCACAAUUGCUUUAUCAUUGCCAACUGAUCUUUGUCGUAAAUUUAAGAUGGCUGAGAUCAGAGCAUCUACAAGAAAUUUUGACGACGAAAAUGUUAUUGGUUCCGGUGGAUUUGGUACGGUGUACAAAGGAUACAUUGAAAAUGGUUCCAUUCCAGUUGCAAUCAAACGGCUGGAUUCAUCAUCGAGGCAGGGGAUACGCGAGUUCCGCACGGAGAUUGAGAUGUUGUCCAGGCUUCGCCAUGUUCAUCUCGUGUCUUUGAUUGGAUACUGCGAUGAACAAGAUGAUAUGAUCCUCGUAUACGAGUUCAUGGCAAAUGGGACCCUUCGAGAUCACCUCUACAAAACGAAGAAUCCCCCACUUCCAUGGAAGCAAAGACUAGAAAUAUGUAUUGGUGCUGCACGAGGGUUGCAUUAUCUUCAUACAGGCGCAAAGCACAUCAUCAUCCACCGUGAUGUCAAAUCAUCAAACAUCCUACUGGAUAGUAAUUGGGCGGCUAAGGUUUCGGAUUUUGGAAUUUCGAAAACAGGUCCCACUAGUGAAUCUCAAACCCAUGUCAGCACAAAUGUUAGAGGUAGCUUUGGAUAUCUUGAUCCAGAAUACUAUCGCAGGCAACAGCUCACAGAGAAAUCUGAUGUAUACUCUUUUGGGGUGGUGUUGUUUGAAGUCCUAUCGGCCAGGGCACCGGUCAUUUCAUACCUUCCCAAAGAACAGGUGAACUUGAUUGAUUGGGCACGAAAUUGUUAUCGAACAGGUACCCUUGAUCAGAUUAUUGACCCACAGUUGAAGGGUGAUAUUGCACCUGUCUCUUCAAAUAAGUUUGCGGAGAUUGCUGAGAGUUGCGUGCGUGAUCAAGCUAUUGAGCGGCCAACAAUGGGCGAUGUGGUGUGGAGCCUUGAAUUUGCCUUGCAGCUCCAAGAAACUGCAGAGAAAAAUGUCAAUACCGGUGAUAUUCUCAGUUAUAGCCAGAAAGGCUCAUUUGUGCAUGAGAUGAUCACCAGUGAUGAUAAGGCAUUGUUACCAAAAGCAGAAAACGAUGAUGAGGUAUUUACAUGUAAAUUUUCAAGUUCACAAAAGUCAGCUUCAAGUAGCGCAGUUAGUACUGGAGAAAGGAGUUCCGGAAACUAUGAUUCUGAUAGAGUUAGAUCAGGGGCUGUGUUUUCCGAAUUAAUGAAUCCACAUGGACGAUGAUAUAAAUUAUAUUGUACUUGGUAUUUUAUUUUUUCA